CUCUCCAUCGGGCAGGCAGGCGAGUUCGACUACUCAGGGUCACAGGCCAUCAAAGCGCUGAGGGAGGAGAACAUCCAGACGGUGCUGAUCAACCCCAACAUCGCCACGGUGCAGACCUCUAAGGGGCUGGCAGACAAGGUGUACUUCCUGCCCAUCACCCCUGAGUACGUCACACAGGUGAUCCGGAAUGAGCGCCCCGACGGGGUGCUGCUGACCUUCGGGGGGCAGACGGCCCUGAACUGCGGGGUGGAGCUGACCAAGGCGGGCGUGCUGGAGCAGUACCACGUGCGGGUGCUGGGCACCCCCGUCGCCUCCAUCGAGAUGACAGAGGAUCGCAAGGUCUUCGCGGAGAAGAUGGAAGAGAUCGGGGAGCACGUGGCGCCCAGCGAGGCUGCUACCUCCCUGGAGCAGGCACAGGCAGCGGCCGAGCGUUUGGGGUACCCGGUGCUGGUGCGCUCUGCCUACGCCCUCGGGGGGCUGGGCUCCGGCUUCGCCAACAGCCGGGAGGAGCUGGUGGCCCUGGUGAGCCAGGCCUUCACCCACACCUCCCAGGUGCUGGUGGACAAGUCCCUCAAGGGCUGGAAGGAGAUUGAGUACGAGGUGGUGCGGGACGCCUACAACAACUGUGUCACGGUGUGUAACAUGGAGAACCUGGACCCGCUGGGGAUCCACACGGGCGAGUCCAUCGUGGUGGCACCCAGCCAGACUCUCAAUGACACCGAGUACUUCAUGCUGCGGCGCACGGCCAUCAAGGUGGUGCAGCACCUGGGCAUCGUGGGCGAGUGCAACAUCCAGUUCGCCCUCAACCCCGAGUCGGAGCAGUACUACAUCAUCGAGGUGAACGCCCGGCUCUCCCGCAGCUCAGCCCUGGCCAGCAAGGCCACCGGCUACCCGCUGGCCUACGUGGCCGCCAAGCUGGCCCUGGGCAUCCCCCUACCUGUCCUCAGGAACUCCGUCACCAACUCCACCACAGCCAACUUCGAGCCCAGCCUGGACUACUGCGUGGUGAAGAUCCCGCGCUGGGACCUCAGCAAGUUCCUGCGUGUCAGCACCAAGAUUGGCAGCUCCAUGAAGAGCGUGGGGGAGGUCAUGGCCAUCGGGAGGAACUUUGAGGAGGCGUUCCAGAAGGCGCUGAGGAUGGUGGAUGAGAACUGCGUGGGCUUUGACCACAUGGUGAAGCCGGCCUCGGACGUGGAGCUGGAGACGCCGACGGACAAGCGGAUCUUUGUGCUGGCGGCGGCGCUGCGGGCCGGGUACUCCAUCGAGCGGCUGUACGAGCUGACCAAGAUCGACCGGUGGUUCCUGCACAAGAUGAAGAACAUCGCGGACCACGCGGUGCUGCUGGAGUCGUACCGCGGCGAGCAGGGCACCAUGCCCCCCGCCGUGCUCCAGCGCGCCAAGCAGCUCGGCUUCUCCGACAAGCAGGUGGCCCUGGCCGUGCUCAGCACCGAGCUGGCUGUGCGGAAGAUGCGGCGCGACCUGAAGAUCCUGCCGAUGGUGAAGCAGAUCGACACGGUGGCAGCGGAGUGGCCGGCCCAAACCAACUACCUGUACCUGACCUACAACGGCUCCGAGCACGACCUGGCCUUCCACGAGCCCCACGUCAUGGUCAUCGGCUCUGGCGUCUACCGCAUCGGCAGCAGCGUCGAGUUCGACUGGUGUGCCGUCGGCUGCAUCCAGGAGCUCCGCAAGAUGGGCUUCAAGACAAUCAUGGUGAACUACAACCCCGAGACAGUGAGCACCGACUACGACAUGUGCGACCGCCUCUACUUCGAUGAGAUCUCCUUUGAGGUGGUGAUGGACAUCUACGAGCUGGAGAACCCCGAGGGCGUGAUCCUGUCGAUGGGUGGGCAGCUGCCCAACAACAUCGCCAUGGCCCUGCACCGGCAGCAGUGCCGCAUCCUGGGCACGUCCCCCGAGGCCAUCGACUCGGCCGAGAACCGCUUCAAGUUCUCCCGCCUGCUUGACACCAUCGGCAUCAGCCAGCCCCUCUGGAAGGAGCUCUCUGACAUGGAGUCGGCCAAGUACUUCUGCUGCAAGGUGGGGUACCCCUGCGUCGUGCGCCCUUCCUACGUGCUGAGCGGUGCUGCCAUGAACGUGGCCUACUCGGACAGCGACCUGGAGAAGUUCCUGAGCAAUGCUGUGGCCGUGUCCAAGGAGCAGCCUGUUGUCAUCUCCAAGUUCAUCCAGGAGGCCAAGGAGAUCGACGUGGAUGCGGUGGCCUGUGAUGGCGUUGUGGUGGCCAUCGCCAUCUCGGAGCACGUGGAGAAUGCUGGGGUGCACUCAGGCGAUGCCACGCUGGUGACGCCCCCCCAGGACAUCACCCACACGACCCUGGAGCGCAUCAAGGCCAUUGUCCACGCCAUCGGGCAGGAGCUGCAGGUCACAGGGCCCUUCAACCUGCAGCUCAUUGCCAAGGACGACCAGCUGAAGGUGAUCGAGUGCAACGUCCGCGUCUCCCGCUCCUUCCCCUUCGUGUCCAAGACCCUGGGGGUGGACCUGGUGGCUCUGGCCAGCCAGGUGAUUAUGGGCGAGGACGUGGAGCCCGUGGGGCUGAUGACAGGCAUGGGCAUUGUAGGCGUCAAGGUGCCCCAGUUCUCCUUCUCACGCCUGGCGGGCGCUGACGUGGUGCUGGGAGUGGAGAUGACGAGCACGGGCGAGGUGGCCUGCUUCGGGGAGAACCGCUGUGAGGCGUACCUGAAGGCCAUGCUCAGCACCGGCUUCAAGAUCCCCAAGAAAAACAUCCUGCUGACCAUCGGCAGCUACAAGUACAAGAGCGAGCUGCUGCCCACGGUGCGGAGACUGGAGACCCUUGGCUACAACCUGUACGCCAGCCUUGGCACCGCCGACUUCUACACCGAGCACGGCAUCAAGGUGAAGGCCGUGGACUGGCACUUCGAGGAGGCUGAUGGCAGCGAGGCCGGCGCCCGGGAGACCCAGCGCAGCAUCCUGGACUACCUGGCCGAGAACCACUUUGAGAUGGUCAUCAACCUGUCGAUGCGCAACUCGGGGGGCCGCCGGCUCUCCUCCUUCGUCACCAAGGGGUACCGCACCCGGCGUCUGGCUGUCGACUACUCCGUGCCCCUCAUCAUCGACAUCAAGUGCACAAAGCUCUUCGUGGAGGCACUGAGCCAGAUCGGGGCAGCCCCCCCACUGAAGAUUCACGUGGACUGCAUGACGUCCAAGAAACUCAUCCGUCUGCCAGGCCUCAUCGAUGUGCACGUCCACCUCCGCGAGCCGGGCGGCACCCACAAGGAGGACUUUGCGUCGGGCACGGCAGCCGCCCUGGCCGGGGGCAUCACCAUGGUGUGUGCCAUGCCCAACACCAGCCCUGCCAUCACCGACGCCGCCUCCUUCGCCCUGGCACAGAAGCUGGCCGAGGCUGGGGCCCGCUGCGACUUCGCCCUCUUCCUGGGGGCUUCCUCGGAGAACGCCAGAGCUCUGGGCCCCCUGGCCGGGGCGGCUGCCGGGCUCAAGAUGUACCUGAACGACACCUUCUCCAGCCUGCGGAUGGACGAUGUGUCGCUGUGGAUGGAGCUGGCCGCCAGGCACUGCCGCAAGCCGGUGAUCAACGCCGGGGACGGGGUGGGGGAACACCCCACGCAGGCGCUGCUGGACAUCUUCACCAUCCGCGAGGAGCUGGGCACCGUCAACGGCAUGACGAUCACCAUGGUGGGCGACCUGAAGCACGGGCGCACGGUGCACUCCCUGGCCCGCCUGCUCACCCUGUACCGCAUCAACCUGCGCUACGUGACCCCCCCCGGCCUCCGCAUGCCCCCCGACAUCACCAGCUUUGUGGCCUCCAGGGGCAUCAAGCAGGAGGAGUUUGGGAGCAUUGAGGAGGCGCUGCCGGACACGGACGUGCUCUACAUGACCCGCAUCCAGAAGGAACGCUUCGAACGGGCCGAGGAGUACGAGGCCUGCUUUGGGCAGUUCAUCCUCACGCCCCACAUCAUGACCCGUGCCAAGGAGAGGAUGGUGGUGAUGCACCCCCUGCCCCGUGUCAACGAGAUCAGGUGGAGGGGGGGAGCAGGGACAGGGGGGCUGCAGGGGCUGGGAAGUGCCAUAAGCCUGCCCUGA